ACUGGUCCUCUGUAGGGUAAGUUUCAUUUGUUAUUCUUCCCGAAGAGUCAUAAACCUUCUCGACCUUGUACUUGAAAGAAUGCUUAUGCAGGUAAGCACCUGUACAGUUACAAAACAAAUAAUUUUGUUACCAGCUUGUGAAAGGUCAAAUUAGAGACAAAGGUAUGAUAAGGCAUUCCAUCAUCUCUAAACAUGCCGGAUUACUUGUUGACCAGAUUACGGAGCAAGUCGACAGUGUCUGUAAAGGACCAACUACUACAGUACUCCCGGCACAGCAGAGAACUGAACUCGAGAACGAUGUCAAGUGUCAGUGCUUACCUAGAAGGCCUCAUUGAUGAAUGUGGCGGGCUUUCAACGUUCCAACUCAUCCUUUUUACCAUUGUUAUGGUAACCAAACUAAGUGCGACAUGGAGUAUGUUAAUGAUGGCGUUUGGUGGAGCAGUUCCCGGAUGGGAGUGUGUAUAUGAGGUAUCAAACAUAUAUACAAACCAGUCAGUUUCCAUGAACAUUUCAACGAACGACGCCAAUUUCUUUAACAGUUCUUAUCAACAAUGUCACCCCCCAGAAAAUGCUACUGCUGACAAGUGUAUAGAGUUUCGGUUUGAGGCCAACAUGAAUACUGUCGUAAAUGAGUGGGCGUUGGUGUGUGACAAAGACUCACUAACCUCUACAAUAACCACAGUACAGAUGGCUGGGCUGUUGAUCAGCGGCGUGGUCUCUGGUCAUAUGGCAGAUAUCAUUGGUCGAAAACCUACCUUCUUCAUAUCCUUGCUCAUCAUGACUAUCUUCAACGUCUUGGCUGGGUUUUCGGUAUCCUGGGAGAUGUUCGCCAUAUUGCGGUUCUUUCUUGGUUUUGGUAUAGGCUGUUAUUUGACGGUAUUUUACAAUUUUCUGAUUGAAUUUAGUCCUGCAAAACGUCGUGCAAUCGUAACAGCGGUCCCGGCUUGGGGUUUCUGGGCAUGCGUGUUUGGAUUUGUGUCAAUGUGGCUACAUGACUGGAAGUACCUACAUUUCGCCACGGCGAUUCUUACCUUUCCAUGGAUGUUCUGCUGGUGGAUAAUUCCCGAGAGUUUCCGAUACCUCGUUUCCCACAACAGGAUAGAGGAAGCCGAGGACGUUAUUCGGCGAAUGGCUCGUAUGAAUGGCCGUCCUGUUCCUGAUUUAAAGCGUCUGCGCUUUCUGACAGAGGAAGACAUGAAAACUGAUGAUAAGAAAUACACGAUAAAAGAUUUGGUUUUCCACAGAACCUUAUUGAAACAAACUUGUCUUUUGGGCGUAGGAUGGUUGUCCUGUGGCUACGGUUACUACUCCAUUUCGUUCGCUGUACAAAGUUUAUCCGGCAAUUUAUACCUUAAUAUGUUCCUGCUUAGUGCUGUGGAGGUUCCUGCUCAGAUAAUCACAUUCUUCCUAGCGAACAGGUUUGGUCGCCAAAAGACAGCGUUUGCCUUAUUGCUGAUAGGAGGUUUAUCAGGGGUUGUUGUGGCAGCAGUUGAGAUUAGCGACCUAGAUGAGAAAGAUCAGCUGAUGAAUGCGUUUGCGCUGACUGCUAAACUCUGUGUAGCGUCUGGUUGGUCCGCACUAAUGCUGCUAACUACAGAGACGUACCCAACAGUUGUAAGGAACAUCGGAUUUGGACUUAAUAAUUCUAUAUCAAGAGUAGGAGCGAUGAUUGCACCCAAGAUCAUUUAUCUGAACAAACACACACCAGGACUUAUGUACUUCCUAUUCGGUGGACUUUUGGUCACUUCCGCAUGCUGUACUUUAUUCCUGGUCGAAACAAAGGGGAAACACAUGGAAGAUCUAAUCAAAACAGACGAAGACAACGGAAAGACCGCGAAAGAUCAUGAAAUUCCCUCAAUCGACAAGAUUGUAUCGGAUAAUAUAAUAUCAGAAAACAAACACAAAUUGUGAUCUGGAAUAAAUUAAAUCCCAGAUCACAUUAGUCGUAAAACGAAGAUUUAAAUCUAAAUCUUGAGCUUCACCAGUGAGCAAAAUCAUAAUAAAUAGUGUACGAAAAUAGCGUAAUGACAGAGAUCGGGUUGCGCAGUGGAGAGCACACAUACCACCUUUCUCCAUGUCAGCAAGGGCUAUUGUAGGUAUCCGGUAGAACGUGAAAAAGUGUAGGCAGACCUGCACAACCACUUACGUUUCCGACCUUCCUUUUGGGUAAUAUGAAAGAUCAUAUUAUGCUGUUUGAGUCCGGAUGUUCGUAAAAUAUAUUGAUUCUGCAAAUAUUUCGGCAUAUUCAACAGUUGUGUAAGUAACAAAUAUAAACAAAACAUAUUACAAUAGUCUAAACAGCUUAAUAUCAAAAUGCAAAAUUAAAAACAAAAUGUGAUUGGUCCCUUUAAUUUGUCUGUUAAGCAAUGCUUACUGUCAUGGUCAGGUUGAAAAUCAUUUUAACGUACAAACUUAUCAACUUGUAUCUGUACAAAGUAACAACCAGGGGCCGAAAAAUAAAAAAAAAAUCACUUUAUGAUAUGCCUAGCCUUAUGAUAUCACUAUUCCUAUUGCUAACUUUACAUUACUAGUAAGUAACAUACGUGUUUCCCCAACUUAAUAUGUUACAUGUCAAAAGUGAUUCGAUUUUUUAUGAUCUUAUCAACGAGCAUCAAACGUGUCUAAGUCCUGAUCACAAUAUAAUGAGAAAUAAUUAGAUCGUGAUAUCGCACGCGAUCGAAUCCUGUGUUGCAUUUUUUCUCCCUGCCGUCAAAGUCUUACACUGAAAUUGCGGUAUUAUAAUAAACAUUUUGUAUUAUAACGACCUUAGAUAUAAAAGAAACAAUUCAAAUAAAUGAAAUAUAGUCAUCGCCACUUA